GCUUCGCCAGGCCAGUAGAAGCAAGCCAGAAGUCACGUCCAUGCCUAACGAGUUAGAGCCCUCGAGCUCGCAGGAAUUUUAAUCAGGGAUGUAGCAGACUUAAUGGCCAACAUGAAUGCUGUUUUCUAUGUGAUAUACUACAGUGUCUUCCUCUUGGUUCUGCUCAUUGCGGGGAGCAGAGCAAACCAAGAUGCCAAGAAACUCUACGAUGAUUUGCUCAAAAGCAGUGGCUACAACAAGCUUGUGCGGCCGGUGGGGAAUAACAGUGAUACGCUCACAGUCUACCUCGGCCUGAAGCUCUCACAACUCAUCGAUGUGGACGAGAAGAACCUUAUGAUGACAACCAAUGUGUGGCUUCUUCAGCGGUGGCGAGACUACAAACUGAAAUGGGAUCCGGAAAAAUACGGUGGUGUGAAAGUGCUUUACGUUCCUUCCGAAGAGAUAUGGCUGCCAGAUAUCGUCCUGUAUAACAACGCUGACGGUGACUAUGUUGUCACUAUAAUGACCAAAGCAGCCCUGAGCUACAAAGGAAUAGUCAACUGGGAGCCCCCUGCUAUCUAUAAAAGUUCGUGUGAGAUAGACGUUGAGUUCUUUCCCUUCGACCAGCAGUCCUGUUCCAUGAAGUUUGGCUCUUGGUCGUACGAUGGAUUUAAGUUGGAUUUGAAGCAUAUUCUUCAGGUGAAUGCCAACCAGCAUGAAAGAGAGAUUGACUUUGAGUUCGGCACCAGCUUGGAUAAGUAUGAGGAGAGUUUCGUGUGGGAUGUGUUGAGUGUUCCAGCUUCCCGCAGGGAUAAAUAUUAUCCGUGUUGCAACGAGCCUUUCCCCGACAUCACCUUCAAUAUCACCUUGAGGAGGAAGCCCUUGUUUUUCACUGUGAACCUCAUCAUUCCUUGUGUGGUCAUUUCGUUCCUGACGAUCUUCGUUUUCUAUGUACCCUCGGACUCUCGCGAGAAAGUCGGCCUCAGUAUCUACAUCAUGGUGUCCCUGAAUGUGUUUUUCUUAGUCCUAGUCGACAUUACUCCCCCCACAUCAUUUGUGGUGCCGCUAAUAGGAAAAUACUUACUCUUUACUAUGAUCGUUGUGGUACUUUCUAUAAUGGCGACAGUGAUCGUUCUCAACGAUCACUUUCGUUCCUCCACAACGCACGAGAUGUCGUCGUGGGUUCGGCAAGUGUUUCUCCAUAUAAUGCCGCGGUUGCUAUUUAUGAAGCGACCGGAUCGAUACACCAAGGACCUCAAGGAAAAAAAGAAACAGCGGAAACUGGAGCGCAAUAUGAAGGAGAACGUUAACACGAGGUCACACAUCCGGGACAUUUACAGCAACCUCCCAGAGCAGGUGCUAGGUGAGCACACGCGUCAAUUCGAGGAGAGUUCCCGCUGUGGUUACGCUUCUCACAACGCGAGCUACGACUCUGCGUCAGAAGCGGGAUGUGCACUGGACGAUGAGUUGAACUGUCCGGAGGUGGAUGAGAUGCUGGAGCAUGUUCAUUUCUUGUCGGAGCACAUGAAGAAGGAGGACGAGGAAAAUGACAUUCGCGAGGACUGGAAAUUCGUGGCGAUGGUCUUAGAUCGAUUGUUCCUUUGGUUGUUCUCCACCUCUUGUGUUGUGGGAACGUUCGGGAUCAUCCUGCAAGCGCCCAUGAUCUACGACCAGCGGCCGCCGCUGGGCAGCGCCGAUGUGCACAUGCAGUGGUGUGGACUCAAAGAGUGCGUGAGGAGCCCAAUGGCCGGCGACUCCGACAUUUCGCUUCAAAAAUUCCUGGAGUACGGUCUUAUUGAUAAUGUGGAUGGUCUGCCAGAUAUGGAUGGGUUGUUAAACCCUUAACCAACAUCACUGAUUCGACUUCAUGAAUACACUUGUUUGACAUAUACAUGUACAUGUACUCUUGGUGGAGGCUAAGUUUCGUGACAAGAUGCUUCCUCUAGCCAAGAGCUGCACCCCGGUAGUUGCACCAUUGACCUUUAUUUCACAACUAACUACCACAGGUAAACUAAACAAACUGGAACUGAAGUGGAGUGGAGUUAGUUUUCGGCAGUCGUGGGUGACUGAGGGACUGCAGAUUGUACAAAUAUUUUCGUUUGGUCUUCCAAAGUGAAGAAUCUUUUUUUAUACGAUGAUUUUGUCUUCCCUGUACAAAUGGUCUGCUGAAUAUGUUUGAACCCUGCUGAUUGCUAGUUGAAGUAGACCGCUCACAAGCUGGGCGAUAACAUUGGGCUAGUUGUUGUAAAAAUGUUAUGUAGAUUUAGCCAAGAGUGGAAGUAAGAAGUUUGGCAACCCUCAGGUAGAAGAAUGGUCAAUAGCCCGUUGUUAUAAAUGGAUUGAAAACUAUCUAGACUACAGGAUAGUGGGCUGUUGGCAUCGCCCAUACCAUACCAAGAAGCAAAAACGUCUUGGAGACGCACUCAUUCAUGUUGUAGUACCUGUAAAGAAUAUUUUACUUUGAAAAGCGUUUAAGGAGAACUGAUAAAAUAUCGUCCAUGACAUUCUGUUUGUGUGGUCAGUCUUGCCAUGCAUGGGUUUCUCUUCCAUCGUUCGUUUUGCACGACACCCUGCAUUAUAUGGCCCAACCUUGAUGAACUCAGCACCAACAAAGGAAGACCUUAUGACGAAUGAUGCCCUUCACAUCACCAAAGUCAAGUGGCUGAUGCUUCUAAAUAUUGAUGAGAAUAGUGAGCGUAUGUCAAACAAAUAGAUGUAGGAUGAUGUAAUAAAUUCUUGUUAAAAUCAAACAGUUCUUUCUUCUUCAUCAUCAUAUUGUGUCGAGAGGUUCUUGAAGGUAGUUAAGCCCAGUACCGUUGGCCGAGGUUAGUCUCUACUGGCGCCAGAACAUCGUGUCUGUACUGAAUACGCUGGUUCAGCCCAUCCAGCGUAAUCAGAACAGACAUCUUGCAAAUCAAAGCCUAUGAGACGUGCU